AUGUCAGCCGUGGAUAAUCAGCCGCUCGUUGCUGACGAGAGUGAGAAUGUAAUUGAAGACCACGACUCUGGACAUGACGAGGAAGUGGAAUCAUCGACACAAAGUAUAAGCAGCUCCAUUCUUCAGUAUCGUCAGGAAAAUGGGAGAACCUACCACGGUUACAAAGAUGGCAAAUACAAUGUCCCAAAUGACGAGGAAGAGAACGAGAGACUAGAUUUGCAACAUGCUCUGUUCCUUCGAACAUUUGAUGAUCGACUUGGUUUUGCCCCUUCGUGUAAGCCUGGAGCCAAAGUCCAGCAUGUUCUGGAUGUAGGCACUGGCACUGGCAUCUGGGUCAUGGACUAUGCAGACGACCAUCCAGGUGCUGAGGUUAUCGGAGUUGACCUGUCUCCCAUUCAACCCAGCUUUGUCCCACCAAACGUUCGAUUCAUUAUUGACGAUAUUGAAGAGGAGUGGCAAUACUCUUCAAAGUUUGAUUACAUUCACAGUCGAAUGAUGAACUCUAGUGUCGCCGACUGGGAAAGCUACGCUACCAAGAUCUUUGAGAACCUGGAACCCGGUGGCUACGUAGAGCUACAGGAGAUCGAUGUCUUUACAAAAUCUGACGACAACACCUUGAAACCGCAGCACAAUCUAUGGCAGUGGGCUCAGCUCAUUUACGAUGCAUCCGUCAAAUUGGGGAGACCGUACUUCGACCCAGGCAACAUAAAGGAUGUUCUCACCAAGGUUGGCUUUGAAGAUGUAACGGAAGCAAAGUUUAAAUGGCCGACAAAUCGAUGGCCAAAAGAUAAGAAGCAUAAGGAAUUAGGCGUAUGGAACAACGAGAAUGCGAAUUUCUUUCUCGAAGCUGUGGCGAUAGCUCCACUUACCCGGGCUUUGGGAUGGUCGAGGGAGGAGGUCACUGUUUUCAUCGCUCAAGCCAGGAAAGAACUCAACGACCCUCGAAUUCAUGCAUACUGGCCAAUUAUCUCGGUAUACGGACGCAAGCCAGCGAAAUAG